ACGUAGGAAUCAGUAAAUAUUUUCCGAUCCAGUUUCUAUGCCGCCGAUGAAGGACUUACAGGGGCCACACGUCGCCGUCUUGGUCUUCCCCUUUGGAAGCCACGGCCUAACCAUCCUAAACCUCACGCUCCGGUUAGCCUCUGCAGCUUCAAGUGUCCACUUUUCUUUCUUAAGCACAGCAAAUUCCAAUGCCAGUUUGCUUCGGACCGCUGAGCUACCCAGCAAUAUUAGAGCCUAUGACGUGGAUGAUGGUUUGCCCGUCAACCAUGCUACAAGGGGACACUCACCGGAGGUGGUGGAGCUCUUCCUAGAAGCAGCUCCGGUGAACCUCAAAAGGGCAUUAGACACCGCAAUUUCGGAAACAGGAAGAAGAAUUAACUUCUUGCUAACGGAUUUGUUCUUGACUCUGUUUGCAGAAGAAAUGGCGGCAGAGCUACGGGUUCCCUGGAUCCCACUCUGCGUCGCCGUGCCUUAUGAUCUCUCAGCCCAUGUUUACACGGAUCAAAUUCGAGAGCAGUUCAGGAAUUCCGAUUGCAGCAACGGCAGCAUUCUGGAACACCGGAAACUGGAAUUUAUUCCAGGACUAUCUCCGUUUUCUGCCAUAGAUUUACCAGAAGGGAUUCUGCCAACAGAUUCAGAAGAAUCACUCCUUGCUUCCAUGUUAAGUAAAGUUGGAAAGAUUUUGCCUAAGGCUGCAGCAAUCGUCAUGAAUUUUUUCCAAGAACUAUACUCUGUUCCACUCCGAAGUGAUCUCUACUCCCUCUUUCCGAAUUUACUCAACCUCGGAUUUUUAACAGUGCAAUUGCCACCGCCGCCGUUACCGCCGUCCAGUUCAGACGAAACCGGUUGCUUAUCCUGGUUAGACAGCAAGAAUCCGAAGUCUGUGGUGUAUAUUAGCUUCGGAACGGUGGCGAAGUUACCAUCGGCAGAAUUAAUAGCUCUGGCAGAAGCGUUGGAAGAGACUGAAACUUCGUUCCUUUGGGUUCUUGACGAGAAUAGCCAGCAGUUUCUUCCAAUUGGGUUUCUCGAAAACGUGAGGUCGUCUGGAAAAAUCGUUUCAUGGGCACCGCAGAGGCAGGUGCUGAGACAUCCUUCAACGGCAGUUUUUAUAACGCAUGCUGGAGCGAAUUCGGUGUUUGAAAGCAUUGCAUAUGAAGUGCCGAUGAUCUACCGGCCGUUCUUCGGAGAUCACCGGAUCAAUGGGCGUUUGGUGGAGGAAGUCUGGGGCAUUGGUGUGGGAGUUGAGGGGCUGGUGUUAACGAAGAGUGGUGUAGCGAAGAGCUUGAACCUCUUUUUGGGAGAUGAAGAAGGGAAGAAAAUGAGACAGAGGAUCCAAUUAUUGAACAGAAUAGUUUUGGAGGCUGCAGGACCAAAUGGGAGUGCUACCCAAGACUUCAAAGCUUUGGUAGAACUAAUAAUCUUAAAGCUACCGAAGCUUUGAAUUAUAAGUAUGGAUGCAUUUUUGAAUGGGUUUUUUGUAAGGUUAAAUGUGUAAAAAUUGCAUAUUUUUCUCUUUAAUUUGUAUAAAAAAUAUAAAAAUUAACUUUAUUU